AUGCUUCCUACUCGUGGCCUCUUUGGUCAAGCUCGCUUGACCCUUUUCACCCGAGCCGGUUGCGGGCUAUGCGACACGGCAAAACAUACAGUCGUUCAACUCAACCAGCGCCGUCCUUUCGAAUACGUGGAGAAAGACAUACAGGAAGCAGUCAAUAAGUCAUGGAAGGACGUCUACGAUUAUGAUGUACCUGUCCUCCAUGUGCAAUCGGUCAACAAUGGACUGCCUAGGGAGGCUGAGCUUUCCGAUGCACGAAAGUUAUUCCAUCGAUGGACGGAACAGGAGGUUGAAAAACUGGUGGAUGAGGCAGAGAAAUGA